AUGCCUCUACCAUGCUCACCUGCAUCCACGUCCGAGAAGGGAGACAGCUCUAGGUCGGCAACGGAAUACGAAUCUGAAAGUGAUCUCAUCACACCGACGCCGGGACCUACCAAUCCAUCCUUGCGUACCCAUGCCAAUUUAUCAACACCCGUGCCGCCUUUCUCCUCUUGGUCGAGCAACCGUGACCAUCGCUUCUAUGACUUUACCAGUGAAAGCGAAGUUGAGCGGCCGAAGAGAGGUGUUUAUCACAGUACUACUGCUAGCGAAUUCGAGGAGGACUUAUCAAAACGCUCUCAAGUAGAGCCUCCCUCUCCCGAACCCUCAACAUCGAAGUCAUCCGAGGCUCAGAAAAGACCUAUCAAAGCUGCUGCGCCUACUAGCGACAAGAGGGACAUCGGCGAUCAACUUGAGACUGAGGGUCACCCACCAGAACCAUAUGUAAAGCCUACAGAAUCNAGAACAACCGAAGAAGAAAAGCCCUCGCUCGAGUCCCAGAACCAGUCCAGGUCGUCGCUCAAAACCAAGUCCGAAGACAAGCCCUCGCCAGAGCCCAGAGCGCGGUACAAAACUAGGACCAAAAAUAUACCAAGACAGGCUUCCUCCAACUCAUUGAAUCCAGCCAGAGGUUCACCAUCGCUCGAACCUCGCCGGAGUGUCACCUUCUGCUCCACUGUUUUCGUCCGACCAGACGGUUCUGAAAGAUCAUCAUCUUUCAUGUCAAAACGCAACAACGCCAGUUCCGACCGAGCACGCGAUGAAGCCGAAAGCAGUGCGGACGAGAACACGGCGAUUGUAAGACGUAGAACAGGCGUGGGCACGUAUGGAAGCACAGAUCCAGAGCACACUGUUACUGCAGGCUAUGAAGGCGCAGCAGAAGAAGGACUGGAUCGAGAGUUGAGUCCGAUCGAGCGUAGAAGAAAAAGCGGUACAUCUACGAGAGCUGCUAGUACACGCGGAGGUAGAGAUUCGAGACAAGGCAGUGUUGGCACUGGUCAAGAGUCUGAAGACGAGGCAGAGAGAGAACACUAUUGGAGACAGCUUGUCGAAAAGUACGGCAGCGUCGAGCUCGAAAACAAGGGCAGUGUUGCACGCGACCAUCUCGCAUUGGAGCGUACAUUUCUGGCAUGGUUGCGUACAUCGCUCUCGUUUGCAUCUAUUGGCAUCGCCAUCACACAGCUCUUCAGACUCAACACAUCGAUCGCAAAUGAAGACGACUCGAAAACAAUGACUGCAGUCAACAAUAUCGACAGGGANAAGUUGCGACAACUUGGCAAGCCACUGGGAGUGACUUUCCUCGGAGUAUAUUUCGAGAGUCAGCACUAUGUGAUUCGAGGCAAAUUUCCAGCUUCGAGAGGAAGUAUUAUGGUUGUGUCGUUUGUGGCAGGAGCGCUGAUUGUGGCGAGUUUGGUUGUUGUUAUUGCUGUCGCUCCUUCUGCUUUUGAGACGUGA